CGCGCGCGUGCCCCCUCUUUACCCAGAAUGCUGUUGGGUGUCAUGUGAUCUGGUUGUUGACGGUCACCGUGGACCGAGUGGCGCGCUCUUCGUCAGAUUCUCUGCAGCUGUGUUCAUCUCAUCUCAUCUCAUCUCACCUCACCUCGCGCUCAGGAAACAAUGUCUUACCGCCAUACACACCGCGCCGACGCUGAAUACCGGACUGGAGAAAGCAGGAACAAAGGACAAAAGUUGUGCAGGAAACGUGACUCUGAUGGGAACGUUCGAGGAUCACGCGAUGAACCUGAGACCAAAUGUUCAGACAGAAAAGGACCGAACAGGCCAGAAUGUUUCACAACUCCAGAGAGUGGAGGGCCUGUGUCGAGAAUAAGGGACUGGGCAGAGGAGGUGGAGAAUAAUGAAAUGCGCACAAAUGUUCGACGGGACAUCGAGCGCUACAGACGGCGGAUACUGACUGCAGAUUCUGUUCCGAGGGAGAGAAAAAUGUCAUCUGGAAGUUCCGACUCGCGAGAUUCCAGAGAGUCCCCUGUCCCUGGGGAUAUCGAGACCGACGAGACUGUCCUAUUGAGGAGACAAAAGCAGAUUAACUAUGGGAAGAACACCCUUGCCUAUGACCGCUACAUUAAAGAAGUACCAAAGAACUUGCGGAAACCAGGGAUUCAUCCACGAACUCCAAACAAGUUGAGGAAAUACAGUCGUCGCUCCUGGGACCAGCAAAUAAGACUGUGGAAAGUCAAACUUCAUGCUUGGGACCCUCCUGCUGAAGAAGGCAGCGAUCUGCAGGCUGUAGAUCUGGGUGAGGUCAUGGACUUUGAGCUGGAUGUGGAGUGCUCAGUGGAUCCUGAAACAGAAGCAUCAAGUUCCAAAUCUAGUAGUUCAUUCCCUGAGGACUCAGGAACCCCCCAUAAGAUGAUGAAGAUAGAUGAAGCUGAAAUGGCGUGACUUCUCUCACUGAUGCUCUGUGAAAGCGAGAGAACUGUUAACGUACAGAUCUUCGCUUGAUUUUAUUGUUAAUACUGUUCUGUGCUUGCAAUUGUUUUUUUUUUAAAACAUCUUUAUCUUCUUGGUGAAUUCAGAAUCUAUAUGUAAUGUUAAAGAUAAAAAUUACACUGAAGAGAAAUUGUUCUCCAUAUGGGCAGGUUUUUCACAUCCAGGUGUUUUUCACCAUUUUGUGUUUGUUUCAAAAUUGUUGUAAAAAUAUUGCUUUUAUUUGUGUUGUAAAUUAGAUCUUUUUUCUGUUAAAUGUGUAAGCAUCUGUUUUAUAAGGACUAUUUUGAAAUAAAAUAUAUAAAACUUG